GGACGUUCGUUGUCGGCUGUUGAGAGUGACUUGACAAUUGUUUAUCAAUCGAUACGCAAUAACUUCCAAACAAAGUGAAAUUAUACAGUAUUUGUUUAGUAUUUUGUACGGAGAGAACGAAACUGGACUGCACGAGAUAAAGCGAAAACUUUAAAAAUGACAAACACUUAUGUGGUUUGUCUAAUAGCACUCUUUUGUUGUACAGAUUUGUCGUUUGCGCGACAAGUACCGAAAGAGUGUGCUAAAGGACCAUCAGUAUGGUGUCAGAGUCUCAAGCGAGGCGCGGAUUGCGGGGCCGUCGGCCACUGCACAUCCACCUUGUGGGAGAAACAGACUCAGCGUGUGUCGAACAAUGAGGUGUCCACCAAGUUCAUCCGGCUGUUCCGACAGCUGAAGGAUGUUAGGGAACUUAUUAAUGAGGAUUACCUAGCGUCCCGCAUAUCAUCAGAAUGCAAGGACGUGCCCUACCCCGCGAUCUCGAAGAUCUGCAAGGAGAACACUGCUCACUUGGAACAGUACAUGAACCAUGUGCUGCAGUCGGAAACCUCGCCGGAGACCAUGUGCGAGCUCAUCGGCAUGUGCAACAACGACAAGCUUGAUAACGCUAUGGCUAUGCAUAAAAAGAAGCCUUUUGUACCCAAAGCUGACAAACACGAAAAACACAAGGGCCCGCAGUUGUUAGGCAGCGCUCAGUGCACUUGGGGACCGUCUUACUGGUGCAGCAACUUCAGCACUGGUCGUCAAUGCAAGGCGACUCACCACUGCGUUUCCAAAGUAUGGCCACAUUUGAACGUGCCCGAGGAUACCGACAGCAUCUGCAAGAUCUGUACCGACAUGGUACAGCAAGCGAGGGACCAGCUACAGAGCAACGAGACACAGGAAGAACUAAAGGAAGUAUUCGAAGGAUCAUGCAAACUGAUUCCCAUCAACAUAGUGGCCAAGGAAUGUAUGAGGCUGGCUGAUGACUUCGUGCCCGAGCUGGUGGAAACCCUGGCCUCUCAGAUGAACCCUCAACAAGUGUGCUCCGUCGCUGGACUGUGUAAUAACGCCAAGAUUGAUAGGAUGCUUGAAGAUUUCAACGCCCAGUUGAACCUUCGUCUGGAGUGCAACAACUGCCAACGCACCGUCACCGUUUUGAGGAAGAAGUUCGACGCCACCAGCUAUGAGGACUUUCUUAUUGGACUGCUCCAGAUGUGCCGCAAAAUGGAUUCCCUAUCAGACUCGUGCUCCAUGCUGGUAUUCAAGUACUACGAGAACAUAGUGGCUGCACUACAGAAGGACCUGACUCCUCAGAGCAUGUGCCACGUCAGCGGACAGUGUGCUUACAAGUUCCAUCAACACGACGAGUUCACAUUCCCCAAGGAUUUCACUGACUUUAGGCCUACUGAUGACGUGCCAUGCGAGCUGUGCGAGCAGCUGGUGAAGCAUCUGCGUGACGUCAUGGUCGCCAACACCACCGAGCUCGAGUUCUACAAGGUGCUCAAAGGUCUUUGCAAACAAUCCGGAAAAUUCAAGGACGAGUGUCUCCACCUAGCCGAGGAAUACUACCCGAUGAUCUACAAGUACUUAGUGGACGACCUGCAGGCCAACACCCUUUGUGCCAUGAUCGGUGUGUGUGGCAAUAAGACUGACGCCCCUAUUGCCCCGCUCGUGGCCGGAGAGCUGGCUGUUAAGGCUAUACCCGCUAAGCUUAUCGGUGAUAACAAGAGAGAUGCUACGACUGACACGCUGGCCCACAUCCCGGUACAGAAGCAGACCAACGUGCGAGUGAUGACAGAAGUGCCGCCUCUGCCCAUCGAGCGCAUGUUCGUGUCGGUGGCGCCGCAGGGCAAGGCCGCCUGCUCCUUCUGCCAGUACUUCCUGCACUAUCUGCAGGUCGAGAUCAGCGAUACGCAGACUGAGGACGAAAUCUUCCAAGCAGUAGACAAGGCUUGCGACCGCCUGCCGCAGUCGGUGAACGCCGAGUGCAAACAGUUCGUCACGCAAUACGGGCCCGCUGUCGUCGCACUGCUGGUGCAGAGAAUCGACCCUGCUACCGUUUGCCCAGCUCUAGGCGUCUGCCCUUCAACGGGUGAAGUCCGUCGCGUGGACAUCAACUCGGAGAAGUCCAACUGUCCGCUGUGCCUGUUCGCUGUCGAACAACUCGAGACCAUGCUCAAGAACAACCAUACUGAGGAAAGCAUCCGCCAAGCUCUCGACAACCUCUGCACCCACCUUUCAACGAAACUCCGAACUGAAUGCGUAGACUUUGUCGACACCUACUCCCCGCAGCUGGUCGAAAUGUUAGUCGCCAACAUGAACGCUCAGGAAAUAUGCGUGUUCUUGAAACUUUGUAAGGAUGAGGUCAAGGACCCGUUGAAGGUCACCACACACAGUGCCAUUGACAAGUACCAUGAGAAACCACAUCUGAGGGGAGAUAGGAACAACUUCAGAGGCAAGUCUCUACUGCCCACUGAAAUGUUGGUGACGAACAAGGACCAUGAUAUUGAAACGAACGAGAUCUACGACAACACAGUGAACGGCCGCCCGGUCCGCCCGACCGUGUCGCAGAAGACUGUCUGCGUCGUGUGCGAGUUCGUGCUCAAGGAGAUCGAUGACGAGAUCAAGGAUAAACAUAACGAGGACGAAGUAAAGAAAGUGAUUCACAACGUGUGCAAGCGCAUGCCUAAAUCAGUCCGCGCCGACUGCGAUCAGUUCGUGGAGAAAUACGCAGACCUGGUGAUCAGCUUGCUGGCGCAGGAACUGAACCCGGAACAAGUGUGCGAGGAACUCAAGCUGUGUGACGGCAUCAGUGUUGCUUAUGUUAAAGAGGAGAUCCUAGACUGCGCGGUAUGCGAGGCAGUAACAAUGGCUGUACGUAAAGUGCUCAGCAACGACAAGGUGGAUCGCGACAUCGUCCAGAUUGUGGAGAAGUCCUGUGGUCUGCUGCCCGCCAAAUAUAACUCCCGAUGCCACACAAUGAUGGAGAUAUACGGAGACAGCAUCAUCCACCUGAUCGAGGAGUUCGGCACGAAGGGCGUCUGUCAGAAGAUCGGCAUGUGUUCGCCCUCCGACGCCGCCUACGUUCACAUGUACCGCGAGAAGAGGAACUAAUUUCUAUUGGUUCGCGGUGUGUAGCCGAUAUUCGUAAUCUCCUAAUAUUAAUUUUACUUAAGUCAUGAUUUUUCUACCAAAUCUGUGUAGUGAUAAGUUUUCAUUUUAACAAAAAUUGUUGUGACUAUUUUUGUGGUUAGAUAAUUUUAGUGUUUUAAAAAGAUAAUUAUGUGAAACGUUAAAAAUAUUAAGAUGUUGAAAUGAACUGAUUAAUAGAAAAGUAUUUUUGUAAAAAUUGACGCGGAGAAGUGUACUUAUAUACUUUGCGAAAUAAAUAGUCACAAUAAAGUUUUGUUUCAUUUAGCUUUUCUUUCUAAUGUUGUUUAGAUAUUUUUUUCACUUUAAAAUAUUUAUCAUUUUAACGAAGUACAUACAUUUUAUAACAUCAAGUGAAUAAAUAAUAUCUAGCCUACAUUUGGAAGUGAACGUGAUUUUAAGUGUAUUUUAGAUGUUUCUUAAGUUAAUCGUAUUCUUGACAAUUUGUAGUGGUCAUGAAUAACCAGUAACACGCUAUUAACAUCAUAUAUUGCAACGACAUUGUAGUUACACGCGCUAGCCUGUGAUAGCUCAUUUGUAAACUGUUUCUAUAAAUAAAGUUGGGAAAAGUA